AUGCCAAAAGGAAUUGCUCCUUUUAAUGCAACAGCUGAUUCUGUUACUCUCAAAUGGGAACCUUCAACACAAAUUUUUUUGGAAGGAAAGCCUUUUUGGUAUACAUUAAGUUAUGCACCUAGAACCCCUCACAGAUUAAAUAAUUCCACCAAAGUGAUUGAUUUUUUGAGACAAAAUCGUUUUGUUGUUAGUGGAUUAAAAUCAUUUACUCUCUAUGAAUUUAAUGUUCGUAUUUCUACUUCAGAGGGAAGUUCAAAACCAGUUAAAUGCCAAGAAUAUACUGAGCCUUGUACUGUUCCCCAAUUAUUACAAUUGGAUGCUAUUAGUUCUGAAACUGCUACAAUUUCUUGGCGAGCUCCAAGAAAAAAUAAUGGGCCAGAAGUUUUAGAUUUAUUUUGA